GCGGCCCUUACAAUCGCAUCUUUUGGUUUUUGCUCAACAUUACUGACCUUGUGUCAAAGGGAGAGACACCCCUUUUAACUGCGCAACUUUUGUGAUGCGAGUGGAACAAAAUAAAACUAUUGAAAGAUUUUACAGCGAGCAGGCACGUUCAGCUCACGAGUCGCCUUCGCGACCCAGACUGUAUCUCCUCCGCCGAAAUCCAAACGAAUCUUUGCAAAGUCGCACGUGUUAAAUCUAAUAUGAUGCUUUUCCACAUGACUUUUGAACGGAAAUUAGUUGCUCUGCGUUUCAUGCUUUCCAUGUCCCAUCCAUUCAACAAAGCCUUUAUAAGCAACUCCCAACUGCCUUGUUACCCCAUCACAGGAUUCAGAAAAGAUCGGCCAUGGGAACCAAAAGCAACACUGGCAGAUGGUUAAGGGGCAAUACUAUUGGAGCUGGAGCGUUUGGCACAGUUAGCCUUGCCAUUGACAACUCUAAUGGCGAGCUCUUCGCAGUAAAGUCCAUGGCAGCGAGCUCUGUUUCUUGUUUACAACAUGAAUUCAACAUUCUCAAUUCUUUGGAAUCUCCAUACAUCGUGCGCUGCCUGGGGAUGGAGUACAGCAACGAAAAUGGUGUGGAGUUGUGUAAUUUGAUGAUGAAGUACAUGCCAGGCGGCAGCGUGGGAGAUCUGCUGACUAAGUUUGGCGGACAGUUGGACGAAUCAGUGAUCAGAAGCUACACUCGCGACAUCCUCCGUGGGUUAGAUUACCUCCACAGGCAGGGGAUUGUGCACUGUGAUAUCAAGGGAAAGAAUGUGCUUGUGGGAAGCGGUGGAGUUGUCAAGCUUGGUGACUUUGGAUCUGCGAGGAGGACAGAGGAAAAGGGGCAAAUAAGUGUUUUAAGGGGCACCCCAUUGUGGAUGGCUCCAGAAGUGGUGAAUCAGGUAGAGCAGGGGCCGCCUUCAGAUAUUUGGUCCCUCGGCUGCACCGUGGUGGAAAUGGCCACUGGGAGGCCGCCUUGGACCAACGCAUCGAACCCCCUUGCAGCCUUCUAUCUCAUCGGUUGCACAGACGAAUUGCCCGAAUUGCCUGCCUGUCUUUCGCCUGAAGGUCGGGAUUUUCUGGACAAGUGCUUCCGGAGAGAUCCGAAACAGCGGUGGACCGCUGCACAACUGUUGGAACAUCCUUUUCUCUCUCAGAUCGACUGCUGCUCUGGGACAGGGGCGAAAAGGGCUCCUCUGUCUCCCACCAGUACUUUGAAUUUUGGGAGUCCUGAUUGGGAUUCUUCUGCCUCUUCUUCUAGUGUACCAAUUUUGUCUCUGCCCAUUGCGAGGCCUUCUGCGGAAGCUGAAGCAGAGGAGGAGAAGGAAUUUGUCAAGAGGCCUUCAAUUUCAGCCAAGAACAGAUUGGCGGUAUUGGCCGCUAGAGGUGAGCGGCCUGAUUGGUGUGCAAGCCCCCAAAGUGGGGACUGGAUUAUGGUGAGAUCCAACUCCCCUUUGUCAAAAACUGGAAAUAGCUUCGUAGAGAUGGAAUGCAAUUACAGGUUAGAACGCAGGAAUUGGGAAAUGGAAAACUGUGUAACGUCAGCCGUGGAGGACUCGGAAGCAGGGGUUUAUUGUAAAUGUGAGCAGCCUUCAAAGGCAAUAACAGGGAUUUGGAUUGUUGAUCAGGCUCAUGAAUUGUAUAGAAAUUAUACUAAAUUUCAUGACAGAGCAAUAGGAAGAGAAAAUAUGUGCACUUCUGGUACCAAUCAUUGUGGUCCCUGUUGUUUAGUGUUUUUUAAUAAAGUUUGCCCCAAAAUAUCUGUAAGUGGGCAAUCAUGCAUCAGCUUUACUACUGAGAUCCCUCAUGAUAUUAUUUCACAACAAUUAAUAGCAAUUCAUAUGAUUUGGCUACACGCCUGUGCAUUUUUUGGUCUACGAAUUCAGUUGCAAUGUAAUUCUAGGAAAUUUAAUGUGAGGCAUCAACGACUUCCCUUCUCUGACCGCCUCGUAACUUUCGGGGAAGGUGGAAAGAAGUACAAGCGCCUACGCCUCUUAUGUUUUCUUACAUUCUACGAAAUGGUCAACGCAAGAUUGAAUUUGCUAAUGGCGACCUUUUCACAUUGGAUUUGA